AUGGCCGCCCCGCGCGUAGCCAUCCUUACAGUCUCUGAUACUGCGGCACUCGAUCCCGCAGCAGAUCGUUCCGGGCCGGCGAUCCAAGCACUAGUCACCCAGCACGGAUACAUCUGCACACAUCUCACAUUGUCCCUGACAGGUGAUGUCGACUGGAUCGUCACCACUGGCGGAACUGGGUUCGGCCUGCGCGACAGAACACCAGAGGCCAUCAGGCCACUCCUGGAACGCGAGGCUCCUGGGAUCGUGCACCUCAUGCUCAACGCAUCCAUGCAAGCAACCCCUCUUGGCGCACUCUCUCGGCCUGUCGCGGGCACGAUCAAGAACACUCUUGUCUCCACGCUCCCAGGAAGUGUCAAGGCUGUCCAGGAGAACAUCACGGCACUUCUCCAAGCCGGUGUUGUCGAACAUGCCAUCGAACUUGUUCGUGGUGGACGUGGAGAGCAUGUACACGCCCGACUUGCAGCAGAGGGACCUCGCUCAUUUGGGCACCACCACCACCAUCACCAUGAUCACGACCGUGAGCAUAGGGCACCUGUGACACGGAGCACGUUGUCGCAGGACCCGUCCUUGCCAGCUCAUGCACGCCUCAGGGAAUCACCCUACCCCAUAGUGUCUAUCUCGGAUGCUCUUGUGACGGUGCUGCGGGAGAUACGGCCGCUUCCUGUGUUCGAGGAAAGAGUGACUUCCAAGCUACGAGGCUACGUGCUCGCGGAAGACAUCUUCGCACCUCAGAAUGUCCCCAUCACUCACAGCACCAAUGUAGACGGUUAUGCAUUACGCUCCACUGACCCGCCAGGAAUCUACACCGUCCUCACCCCACACAGCCAUCUCAUUUCCACACCCCUUCCCCCGGGCCACAUCUUCCGCGUCAACACAGGCGGGCCCAUCCCUGCAGGCGCCGACACUGUCAUCAUGGUUGAAGACACCCGCCUACGCGCCACGCACCGCAUCGGCCCCGCGCCCGAAGAAGUCGAGGAGGCCCAAGUCGAGACCCUCGUGCAGGUGCCCCCUGGGGAGAACGGCGACCUCGUCCUCGAGCGCGGCACGGUCGUGCAGGCCGCCGGGGGCGAGAUCGGCUCGCUCGCGUUCGUCGGGCGCACGACGGUGCGCGCGUUCAAGCGGCCCGUCGUCGCGCUCCUCAGCACCGGCGGGGAGCUGCUCGACGUCCAGGCGCCGACGCCGCUCCCCGGCGACGGCUGGGGCGGCAUCUGGGACACGAACCGGCCGUCGCUCCAGGCGGCGAUCGAGGGGUACGGGUACGAGGUCGUCGACCUCGGGAUCGUGCCCGACAACGUGCCCGCGCACGUCGCCGCGCUCCGCCGCGGGCUCGCCGAGGCGGACCUCAUUCUCACCACGGGCGGCACUUCGAUGGGGGUCGGGGACCUGCUCAAGCCGGUGAUCGAGCACCACCUCGGCGGGACGGUGCACUUUGGCAGGGUGCGCGUGAAGCCGGGGAAACCGACGACGUUCGCGACAAUCCCGACUCCGGGCGGACAGGCGGACAGCGUGCCGUUGUUCGCGCUGCCGGGAAACCCUGCAAGCGCGCUCGUGACGUUCCAUAUUUUCGUGGUGCCGGCGCUGAGGAGGCUUGGAGGUUGGACUUCGGCGAAGUGCAGACUACCGAGCGUGCGCGUGCAGAUUCAAGAGUCGAUGAAGCUGGAUUCGCGACCCGAAUACCACAGGGCUAUCAUCGUCGCUACACCCGAAGGAUUCAAAGCGCACAGUACUGGUGGACAGCGCUCUAGCAGAGUCGCCAGCUUGAAGGGCGCAAACGGCUUUGUGGCAUUGCCUCCGAGAGGAGAAAAGGGACCUGCGAAGUUGGAAGUUGGGGAUUUCGUCGAGGCGAUCAUCAUCGGAGAACUGCAUAUGGGUUGA